AUGGCCCGUCUCUGGUUGGUCGCCAGUCUCGUCGGGGCACGCGGCGUCGUUGGCCUGGGUGCAGCCCCCGCCGAUCCCAGCAUGAUGCAAUUCGCAACAGCGGUGGACGAGAGUACCUCGCAGCAGGCAGCGGCACAGGCUGGUGCCAGUUCGGGUUUCGCACCGUUUAUCAGCGGGACGGCAUGUGCCUGGGAGUCGAUGUCUGGGAUGACCUUUACGUGUACACGUGCAACGGGCUUGACAUUUAGAGUUGGCGUUUUGCAAACGGAGGGCCUCAAUACUACGACGGCAGGUGUGUGA